UUGGGCCAAUGACGCAGUCCCACCAGCCCACAGCCCACACCGUCUUACACUCACCGCGCGCACUCGUCGUCGAGCGCCACUUCCAUGCCGCUGCACGGCCUCAUCUCCGACGCGCUCCUCACACUCCACCGCCCGCUCGCCGACGGAUGCCGGACCUUCUCAUCUCGCCUCCUUCACUCGGCCAACCCUCUUCUGCUGCCACCUCUCCAACUCCCACCCAGAAACCCCAUCUCCUUCUCGCUUCCCCCUUAUCGCCAUCUCCGAUCCGCGGCUACGAUCAAUUCUCAGGCUUUUUUUGAUCUUUCGCAAGAUCCUAGGUUUUUCGAAGUUGAGCUUAAAGUCCGUGACUAUGAACUGGAUCAAUAUGGGGUUGUUAACAAUGCUGUCUAUGCUAGCUAUUGCCAACAUGGUCACCAUGAACUCCUGGAAAAGAUUGGCCUUAGUGCAGAUGCAGUUGCUCGCACUGGCAAGUCACUAGCGCUUUCUGAGCUGUCCCUAAAAUUCAUCUCUCCCUUGAGAAGUCACGAUAAAUUUGUUGUGAAAGUAAGGAUUUCAGGCACUUCUGCUGCCCGAAUUUUCUUCGACCACUUAAUCUUCAAGCUGCCUGAUCAAAAGCCAAUUUUAGAAGCGAGGGGCACAGUCGUCUGGCUCGACCGGAACUAUCGUCCUAUUCGUAUUCCUGCUGAGUUUAAAACAAAAUUGCUCAAGUUUUCUGCUGCAGAUGAUCCCAAUUUAGAAUUUUUUUUCUUGAGAAAAUCUCACCAGUUUUGCUGAAAUAAAUCUGAAUUUCUGAAAGGUGAAGUGUUUUUUCCUUUUUAGUAAUUUUCAUCAAUCCAAACGCACCAUAUUAUUCUUAAUGAAUCUCUAAUUAUUUUGCCUAGACACAUUAAUAAUUAGUGGAAAUUGCCAAAAAAACCCUCUAAGUUUGU